GCUGGCCAAGCGUAGCCAGAAGCCGGAGCAUGCGUGCGUGCGGCCAAAGGUGGGCAGACGCUUCCUUCCCCGCCCCCUCGCUUUCCCGGUGUGCCUCACGCCGCGCCUGCGCACUGGUCCCCAACCGGCUCCGUUUCGGGAGCCUCAUCAUGGCGGAGCCGCGCGUCAAGGCGCUGCGGGACUACCGCGAGAAGCUGCUGGAGCACAAGGAGGUCGACGGGCGCCUCAAGGAGCUGAGGGAGCAGCUGAAGGAACUGAGCAAGCAGCAUGAAAAAUCUGAGAAGGACCUCAAGACUCUGCAGAGCUUCGGACCGAUUGCUGGUGAGGUUCUCAAACAGUUAACAGAAGAGAAGUUCGUCGUCAGAGCCGCAAACGGACCGAGAUACGUUGUCGGUUGUCGGCGUCGGCUGGAUAAAAGCAAGCUGAAGCCGGGCACGAGAGUCGCCCUGGAUAUGACCACUCUGACCAUUAUGAGAUGUUUGCCAAGGGAAGCGGAGCCGUCGGUUUGCAAUACAUCUCAUGAAGAUCCCGGAAAUGUCUCCUGCUCCGAGAUCGGAGGACUGUCGGAACCAAUCCAGGAACUGAGAGAGGUGACGGAACUGCCUCUGACAAAUCCAGAAUUGUUCCAGCGGGUGGGAAUCAUCCCCCCCGAAGGCUGCUUGCUGUACGGACCACCAGGCAGAAGUAUAAGAGAGACUUUGGUGGAGAAAGAGAAUGGUCUCGCAUCCAAAGAAAGGCCAGAGAUUUCCCCAAGAGGAUCCCAAGAACGUAUUUCCUUCCCAGAUGAGUUGGCUGGCACAGAGGAUGUUCAGGGGAAUGUGGAGGGGGAGGAACCGGAUGGAGUUAAAAAUGAAGACUUGCAAGAAAACCUCAGGGAUCGGGACAGACCUAAGCGAAAGAAAUGCAACAGUUUGGUUGAGAAGACAGAUGAAAGACAGCAUAAUAUACAUUUCCCAAAUGAGAGGAUAAUGAAAACAAGCACAUCCAUUUGGUGUGGAAAGUCCUUAAAAAAUAGAUCACAGCUCCUUGAGGACCAAAGAAGACGCAGAAAGGCGAAACCGUUUGAAUGCUCAGAGUGCAGAAAGAGAUUCAGUCAUCAAGCCAAUCUUCGACAGCAUCUAAGAACUCACACAGGGGAGAAACCUUUUGAGUGCUCGGAGUGUGGACAGAGAUUCAGGUUCAGUGGUGAUCUUCAAAGGCAUCAGAAAACCCACAUAGGGGAGAAACCUUUUGAAUGCUCAGUGUGUGGAAAGAGAUUCAGUCAGAAAACCCAUCUUCAACAGCACCAAAGAACCCACACAGGGGAGAAACCUUUUGAAUGCUCAGAGUGUGGAAAGAGAUUCAGGUUGAGUGGCGAUCUUCAAAGGCAUCAGAGAACCCACACAGGGGAGAAACCUUUUGAAUGCUCAGAGUGUGGGAAAAGAUUCAUGUUGAGUGGCCAUCUUCAAAGGCAUCAGAGAACACACACUGGGGAGAAACCUUUUGAAUGCUCAGAGUGUGGAAAGAGAUUCUGUCAGAGUAGCCAUCUUCAACUGCACCGAAGAACCCACACAGGGGAGAAACCUUUUGAAUGCUCAGAGUGUGGGAAAGGAUUUAGUCAGCAAGGCCAUCUACAGCUGCACCGAAGAACCCAUACAGGAGAGAAACCUUUUGAAUGCUCAGAGUGUGGAAAGAGAUUCAGUCAGAGUAUUCAUCUUCAAGAACAUCAAAAAACACACGCGAGAGAAAAGCUUUUGAAUGUUCACAGUGUGGAAAUAAAUUCCGGUUGAGUGGCAAUUUCCAAAGGCAUCAGUAGCUAUCUUCAACUACAUCAAAAAAACCAACAUAGAGGGAAGCUCUUUCUGAAUGCUCAGAUUAGCCAACUUCAGCUGCAUCAAAGAACCUAUCCAGGGGAGAAACCUUUUGAACGCUCAGAGUGUGGAAAGGGAUUCAGAUCGCACGGCCAUCUUUGACAGCAUCUAAGAAACCAGGUAACGGCUUAGCCGGUUAAAGGAGCUCUUGUAGAAAGCUUCAGUCUACACGGAAAUCUUACCCUAAACAGGAAGAAAUGCUAAGAAUCCUGAGAUUAUGGAAGGAGUUUAGACAUGUUUGAAGCCUUCAACUGCAUCCCACAUUAUGUUAAAGGGACAGCACACUUUUUUCCUCCAGACAGCUGGCAACACUAGAUAAAGUGCUUUUUAUAAAUUGGAGAAAACAAAACUCAGCUAAGGAAGGGCGAUGGCUUAUUAAAGAGAUUAUUAUUCAUUUCAGGUAAA